AUGGAGACGAACGUCGAACCAGCGGUUACCGUCAUGUCUAAGUCCGCAAACCCUAGCGAGAUCUCGUUCCUCGACUUGCCACCGGAGGCCUGUAACAGAGUGUAUAGUCUGAUAUUUGAGCAUGCCGACCCGCUGCGCAUUACCGGCUACGGAGCUCGCCGUCUCUAUCGCCAUACGGACGACCAAAACAGCACACUAAGCGACUUCGAGCCAUCUGACCUCAUCUACGUCACCCAACAAGGGCUCUCCCUCUUCUUAACUUGCCACCAACUGCAUAAGGAGGCAGCUUCGGCUUUCUACUCCAACAAUUCUUUCGCAAUUACGAAAGAACGUGUUGCUCGUGUUUGUGGUCAUGACAACCACGGAGACUUCAUCGGAGUAGGGGUGCACCAAUGGCUUCGCCGUCUCGGAUCCCACGUCCACUUUAUUCGAAGGAUACUUAUCGAUAUGAACACUAUCUGCCCUGCCGACUGCUUUGAGAGUAAGACUGGACUCUGCUCUCGAUUUAUGAAGGAGGAAGACGGCUGGCUUGACUUUGGGCCUCUGCUGCGAGCGGUCUGGGACUUGGACAUGGCGGUCGACAUUUCUGUGGUGCAGCCCAUGGGAGCGGCUCAUGAGGCCGUGGUACGCAAGCAUAUCCGCGAUCGAAACGUAACUUACGAGCCAGUCACCGCCUGCAAUGCUGCCUCUCUGACGGAUGUAGUUCGAUCACUGUGUAAAGACGAGCUGGAACUGAAGAAAUAUGGUCGGCAAAUUAGCACCAUAGGAUUAGCCAGGGAUGGCUCCGGUGGCGUCAUCCACUUCGAUAAGACGCAUUGA